AUGCAUUAUACUGGUAGACAUUUGCUGCUUUUGAUGAUUACUUCAUGUUUUCAUGCAGUGGGCAGCGCAGACUUAGACGUUGAAGUGGACGUGUUAAACCGAUGUUUAGAUGCUAAGCAUCAUAAAAAAACUCCUGAAAUGGAACCCGGUGGACUCAAAUAUUGUUCGCCAUGGAGCAAAAGAUCGUGUUGUACCAACAAAACGUCUCAAAGUAUCGAGAGAGACGGAAUGUUAACGUUGUAUAACAUGAAAUGGGAUCACUGCAGUCGUAAUGUUAGCAAAGCUUGUAGAGAGUGGUUCUUGAGGGAUACAUGUUUUUAUGAAUGUUCACCGAACAUUGGUUUAUACAUUGUUGUAGACAAAAGAUCUAAGGUCACUCGAAGGGAAAGGAUAGUAGAUGUGCCUUUAUGUGCAAGCGACUGCGAUGACUGGUAUAAUGCUUGCAAAGACGACUUCCUCUGCUCAGAUAGUUUUUUGAAAAGUUGGAUAAAGACAAAGAAGGGCGACCUGUGCGAUAAAGAAUGCAAGACAUUUAAAGAGCAUUUCAAUAACGCCGAAAAUUUUGUAAAAAUAUUUUGA